CACUUUUGUCGUCCGCCCGGUUAAUUAGCACCCGAUCAAAUUUCCUUACUGUGAGCUUCGGCUUCUGGUUUAUUUAAAAAAAAAUCCGGAAACUGGCAGUUUUGGAGUCAGCAGUUCGUAGAAUAAUGACAGAAAUUUGACUGAGAGUCACUUGGCGAUCGUGACCGUGAAGGAAUUGCCUGGAUUUGCUUUGUUAGACGGGUGGCGUUUGAAACCAUCUGCCUUGUGUGGUUAUGUAACCGCUUGUAGUUAUAUAAUUGCGUGAAAAAUCAAGAAUUAAUCAAAGAUACCGCUAGUUGGGCGUUAAAAUGGGUAUUUUCCUGUCGGUUCUAGUGGCCAGCGUAGGCGCCAUGGAUGUGAUCAACUGUUUGGCGCUUUUAACAAACCAAUUAACAGGACCACCGGCUCGGGUUGAUCAAGAUCUUGAACGGUAUCGACAAUUAUUGAGGGAACAAAUAGAUAAAACGCCAAAGAGUCCCACGGAAGGGUUAACUUACGCACAAGAUGGAGUGAUCUACAAGGAUGGUUACAGAGUGGAAAAGUUCGAUGACGCAAAGUUAGAUCAAUUGAAUGUGAGGAUAAAGGAAUUGGAGCGAAAAAGCCAGGAGAAGGAUCAGACACUUGAUCGGUUGAAUGUGAAGCUUCAAGAACUGGAGCGGAAAUCCGUAGAACGAGAUUUGGUGAUAACGGAGAUACGAUCAAGAUCGGUAAGCAGAAGAGAAAGUCCGGAACCUACUACUUCUAGGAAUUCCAAUUCCUCACCAAAUAUUCCACAAAUCAUUUUGGACAAUGACGAGCCCCGACGAGGUUCGAGCAAGUUUCGUCCAAUUCACCGAGAUGAUGAGUUCAGACGAACGAUCAAAAAACGAUCCUUGACAUCGAAUGUAUCCGACGAUCGAACCGAUGAGCUCGAGGUGUUGUCACAGAUGGAAGAAGAUGAAGCAAAUCAAAUGGAAGAUUAUGUCCCGCUUGUUUAUGAUAGGGAUGAUUAUCCGGAUUCCAAAAUGAAGAAGCACAUGAUCAGUCCUAUACAGGAGCUGUGCCAGAUGCAUGAAGAAGAACAUCGACAUAUGACGCUAGAGCGGUCUCCUGAGCCUUCAUUCGGUGCAAACAUAACUAAACCCUGGGGUGACAUCAAACUGGAAGAGACCAAAGGGAACACAUUGAUCCAUCCUGCUAGGGAUCUCUGCAUACAAGAGGAAAUACGUGAUAGCGAAAGCAGUGCGCCAGAAGAAGAUGAGUGUGUUGCUAAGCAUAUUGAAGAAACGCAACAAUGGCUACAAAGCACACGAAACACAUUUCCGGAGCUACCCCAGCUGAAGCCGGAUAAUUUACUACCAACGAGCGAAUCUGUUCCUUCCAACCUAAGCUCUCAUUCCAACAGUCCUGAUCCUGAACACCCUCCGCUGAAGAGGACAAGGAAGAAAAGUGAUUUGACUGCAUUGUUACUCGAAGAAGAACGUAAGGCCGAAGCUUUCACCACAAUCAUCAUACAAACCGAAGAAUCAGAUUCAGAAGGCGUAGACCGAACCGGGUUCAUGCAAUCUAAAUCACCAUCGCCUUACGUGGGACCUUUCGUAGAGAAUGAAUCGCAACAAUCAACCGGUCAACUAAUACCUCUGGUCCAUGACCCGUCCAAGUCUCCAACACUUCCCGAUCCAGACCAGCAACAGUCUUCCGUAUCAUCUCUACCAUCAGUUCACUCACGAGACGCUACCAUUUCUCCGGCACCAAUCGCUUCAUCCGGUUCACCCGCCUCUCCCGUGUCUUCGAUCGUAGACGAAUCGGCUAAGGACGGCCCUUACCAUUUUGAUGGAGACGACCGAGCCUCCCCUGUCCUAUCCGAAAAAAAUCUUAUUUUCAGUGGCGAGUACACCAAGGCCAUGUCAAAGGAUUGGCAUUCGGGUCACUUCUGCUGUUGGCAGUGCGACGAAAGUCUCACCGGACAGCGGUACGUCCUGCGUGAUGAGCACCCGUACUGUAUCAAGUGCUACGAAAACGUGUUUGCCAACGUGUGCGAAGAAUGCAACAAGACGAUCGGCAUCGACUCUAAGGACCUGUCCUACAAAGACAAGCACUGGCACGAAGCAUGCUUCCUGUGCAACAAGUGCCGCAUCUCGCUAGUCGACAAACAGUUUGGCUCUAAGGCCGACAAGAUCUACUGCGGAAACUGCUACGAUGCGCAGUUCGCUUCCAGAUGUGACGGCUGUGGAGAAAUCUUCCGUGCUGGAACCAAAAAGAUGGAAUACAAGACCAGACAGUGGCACGAGAAGUGCUUCUGCUGCUGUGUCUGCAAGACCGCCAUCGGUACCAAAUCCUUCAUCCCCCGUGAACAGGAGAUCUACUGCGCCGGAUGCUACGAAGAGAAGUACGCAACCCGUUGCAUCAAGUGCAAGAAGAUCAUCACUAGCGGUGGCGUGACCUACAAGAACGAACCAUGGCACCGCGAGUGCUUCACCUGUACCCACUGUCAGGUGUCGCUGGCCGGGCAGCGUUUCACCAGCCGCGACGAGAAGCCGUACUGUGCCGAGUGCUUCGGAGAGCUGUUCGCCAAGAGAUGCACCGCUUGCGUAAAGCCAAUCACCGGAAUCGGCGGUACCCGUUUCAUCUCGUUCGAAGACCGUCACUGGCACAACGAUUGCUUCAUCUGCGCCAUGUGCAAAACGUCGCUGGUCGGCCGUGGCUUCAUCACCGACGAGCAGGAUGUCAUCUGUCCGGAGUGUGCCAAGCAGAAGUUGAUGUAAGAUGUUAAACAAAAAAUACCUAAACCAGUCAGCGGCACGCCGCUAAACAAUUGCACACACACACAAAACCCACACUAAUGUAGGAAACGAAACACAACCUAGAACACAAAUGCAUUGAAACUAUUUCUCUCUCUAAAUUGCAAACGAAAGCAACGGAAACUAUUGUAACAACGAAACAAACACAACACAAUGAUAUUCUAAAAGCCGACCAUGUGUUAUAAAUUGAAAAUGUUUAUGGUUAGAAGUGAAGGAUCAAAAAGCACAAUUACCACGACAGUCAAAAGUAGAGCCUUUCACAGAGUACAGCUGUCAAAAAAAUCGAUGACGGCCAUCUUGCAGAGCGGAUCGCUUUUCCGCAUUCGAAUGACCUCAAUGCGUUAGGCUUUUGAGUUCUAAGAACAUAUUAUUUAUUACCUACCAUAGUUACAUUUAUAUGAUUCGACCCUACAGCAUCAUUGUGUUGAAAUUUUAUUUUUGAUGAGUUUUACUGAUAAUUUUCUAUAACAGCAAAUAGAAUACUUUGAAUAACUGCGGGGCCAUAGCAAAUAUUGCCAAUAAACAGGAAUGUAUUUUUAAAACCUGUAUUUUAACCAAUUCUAAUAUUUUGAAGAAAAAAAAUAUACUCAACGUGAAACAAAGUGUUGGCUUUAUUUGCUCCUCUAUCCUUGCAUAGUGGUACUUUCACACAAGCACGAACACUCACACACGAGAUUAGCGGGAACGGCCUAUAUUCACAAAAGUUGCCUUUUACUAAGAACAAAACUAUAAGAAACAAACAUCAAAACCCACACCUUAAUAUUAACAUGGGACAAAUUUUAAUAGAAGAAAAAUAAAAGAUUAUCGUUCUAGUUUUAACGGCUUUACCGAGAAAAAAAAAGAAAAACGAAUGAGAUGAUUAGAAAACACACAAAAUAAAAGAAGUAUUUAAAGAGAGUAGAAUGCAGAAAAAUGCUUUCAUAAAAAAAAUAUUUAUCCCUAAUAUUGAUCGCUUAUCUCCUCCCUCUUUAUGUUAUAUGUUGUUAUUCGUAAGCUUAAGGAUGAAAGAAGAAGAAGAAUAAUCAAUUAUUACCUAUACUAUUGACAAGGCAGUCAACGAAUGGAAGAAAACUGUAUUUAAACGAGUAAGGCAGAAUAUUAUGAUAAGAGCACUCUAUCAGAGAUGAUUGACUUAACAUUUACUAAAGAUAAUCCUAUUCCUAGAGAUGAUGAAUCAGAGUAAGGAGAAGAAGAAGAAUAAAAGAGAAAAUAGUAACCCUGGGAGUAGAAUAGAGCUUAAGGUCAGGAUCAUUACAUUGUCCCUUCUUUGUCACAACAGUAUCGUAUAACGAAUAUGUUUAACGUUUAAAUUAUUAUUUAUUCAUAUUAACACCUCGAUUACCAUUAUUUGUUAAUAACAGGAAAUUAUAGAGAAGGCAAUCGCCUGCGUUUAUUGUACGAAAAAAAGCUUAUGGUUGAGAAGUACAUUAUAUAGAGCUGUAUCGAUUCAGAAAAAAAACAAACGCUAAUCCUUUCACCUAUUUUUGUUAUACUUGAUAAUAUUUUAGCGAUAGUUGGAUUUUCAUUAAAUAAACUGUAUCUCCAAAACAAA